AUGUCGUCAAUCAAAGUAACUUCUUCACAGUCUCCAAUUUCUCGUUCCUCCCGUAUAGCCAUAAUUGGGGCUGGUCCAGCGGGUAUUUCAGUCGCUCACUUUUUACGUAGAGAAGGCUACUCAAAUGUGACGCUACUGGAAUCCGCUCCCCAUAUAGCGGGAAAAAGUUCUACUUUUUACCAUGAUAAUCGUGGUUAUGAUGUUGGUGCUUUGAUGGUCGGUAACAACUAUUCACUAGUCAAAUCCAUUGCGGCUGAACUUGAUUGUCCUCUCGAAAAAUUUUAUUGUGGUGCUUUGGACAUUGAUGCAAAUAAACUUAUGAUCGAAAAUGUUUGCCAUAUUGGAAUUAUUUCCGAUUCUUUCACAAAAAACAUGUCUCAUUAUUUAGAGGAAAAAAAGUUUUUUGAAAAUGUUACCUUACCUGGUCAUGGUGAUCUAAGCGAAAGUCAUCUAUAUGCGCCCAUUACUCAAUACUUGAAAGAUCGAAAAUUAGAGUAUCUGAAAGAUGCUUGGGCUUUGGCUUAUACCUCUGCUGGUUAUGGUUAUAUUCAAGAUGAUAUACCUGCUGCAUAUUUCUUAAAAUUUAUUCAAAAUUCGGAAAAUACUAUUUGGCGUUUUAAAAAUGGUUUUCAGGAUUUCUGGAUCAAAAUGGCUAAGGAUCUUAAUGUUAUAUGUGAUGCUAAAGUAAUAUCUGUUGACCGCUCUCUCAAAAGCCGAAAUCUCGGUCCGAUUCUCAUCACCACUCAAAAUACCCGUUCCAAUUUCUCUCAGACCCUUGCAUUCGACCAAAUCAUAAUUGCCACUAAUCCUCGACAAACCGUUCAAUUUCUUGAUACCCCCUCCCCUCUUGAAACCCAUCUUUUUUCUCAAAUAAUUACAUUUGAUUAUUAUACAAUAAUUGCGACUGUGGAAGGUUUGCCUACAAAAGUUGGAAUGACUACAAUUCCUAAACAUUGCAGCUCUAAGGAUUUCGUUGGACAUGUUACUGCAUAUUAUUGUGCUUACGAAGGUGUACAUACAUAUUUAUUUUAUGCUUACGGUAGUAGGGAGAUUGACCAAGAACGAGUUACAGAAAUCUUUAAAGAUGAUUUAAUCAAAAUGGGUGGCGAAUUAAAGGAGAUUCAUUAUAAUCAACGACAGGAUGGAACUUUCUAUGUCGGUGGCUGGCUUGAUUUUGAACUUACAGAAAAUUGCAUCUCUUAUAGUAAAGAUCUCGUUCAUCGUUUCUUCAAUCCUUCAAUGUCCAAUUCUCAAGAAAUUCUCCAUUUACCAAUCCGUCCAAAAUUUGAUGUUACCCCUGCUUCAACUACAAAUUGGGGAAUCGUAUUACGUCUCGCCGCAAAGCGCUUUCCUGAUAAAGUUGCUUUUUCAUGGGUUGAUGUUAACGUUCGAGAAGAAGCUAAAAUUACUUACGCUGAAUUAUAUCGUCAAGCUCGUGCCGUCGCAUACUACCUUCGUCACACUGCCAACCUUAAUAUUGGGGAUCCAAUUUUACUUUGUUAUGCUCCUGGUCUAAAAUUCCUUCCGAUUCUUUUUGGAUGUAUGAUAGCCGGUAUAACAGCUGUACCUAUAGCUCCUCCAAAUCUUGCAACUGCUGAUAAAGAUAUAGCAAGAUUUAAAUAUCUUUCGAAAACCACAAAUGCAAAAAUUGUAUUUAGUGACAAAAAUUAUAUGUUAUACACGAAACUUUAUGCGGCAAAAAGUUUUUUUGGAAUGGCCAAUAAAAUAGAUUGGCCAGAAGGGUUAAUAUGGGUUGAAGGGGAAAAAGUUACAAGUUCAAAAGAUCUUUUUGAUGAGAAAUUAAUCGAAGAAGUUGAUUGUGAAAACGUUGCUGUAAUUCAAUUUUCGUCCGGUAGCACUGGUGAUCCAAAAGGUGUUAUGCUCACUCAUAAGAAUUUACUUCAUAACGUGGAUCUUAUGCAACAUGAAAUUGGUUUAAAUGAAGAUUCUAUGAUCGCUUUUUGGGUACCUCAAUUUCAUGAUCUUGGACUUAUUGGUGGAUUCCUUAAUACCGUUCGAGGUGCUUGUCAAUCAUGCGUUAUGUCACCUUUGACGUUCUUGCAAAAACCUGAAUGUUGGCUUCAAAUGAUUACCAAAUAUAACGCCACUUAUACUGCGGCACCAAACUUUGCCUACGAAUUAGCAACACGAAAAUGUGACGAAAAAUCGGUCGCUUCGCUAAACUUAAGUUCUCUUCGAGGUGCGUUCAAUGGUGCAGAACCGGUUCGUUGGUCAACACUUCGAUUAUUUGCUAGAAAGUUUGGUCCGGCAGGAUUUAAACUUUCAAUGUUUAAGUGCUUAUACGGUUUAGCUGAACAUUGUGCCUACUCGGUCGGCUUCCAAAAUCUAUAUGAUGUUCCCACUGUACUUGAUAUCGAUCCGCAAGUUUUACGACAAGGUCACGUGAUUGUUAGGUCGAAAUCCGAAAAUCCAAAUAAUAUAGUUUCAACCGGCGUACCUAGUCCGGCCAUGCAAGUCGAAGUUAGAAUCGUGGAUCGGGAAACGAGACAACUCUGUUCACCUUGUACUGUAGGAGAAGUCUGGCUUUCUAGCCCAAGUGUUGGUAAAGGUUAUUUCGGAAAAGAAGAAAUAUCAGAAGAUACAUUUAGAGCAAAAUUGAAUAAUAGUGACCACGGCAAUUGGAUAAUCGAUAAUGGAUGUUUCCUGAGAACAGGAGACCUUGGAUUCAUGUAUAAUGGAGAACUUUUCAUAACUGGAAGAGAAAAAGAUGUUAUUAUAAUUAAUGGCAAGAAUCAUUAUCCACAAGAUAUUGAAAUUUCUGUUCAAGAAUGUCAUAAUGAAAUAAGACCAGGAUGCGUUGCAGCACUUCAUCAUUCUGAUGCAGAAACUGGUACAGAUUCACUUAUAAUCCUCGCAGAAAUUCGCAAUCAAAAAGACAUUAAGUCGGAAUUCCUACAAUUCAUAAUUGACGAAAUUGCUCGAACUGUUCCUGGAAAACAUGGACUAUCACCUCAAAAAAUUGUUAUUCUUAAGCAGCAUAGCAUUCCAAAGACGACAAGUGGUAAACUUCAACGAUCAAAAGCAAAAGAUAUGUUAUUAUCUGGUCUUUUAGAUAAAAGGAUUUUAUUGAGCAUCGGUGAGAUUGUUGUUGAACCGAAUUUCGAUGUACCGAGUUCGAAACGUUCAAGUUAUGUCACGGAUCCAAAAAAGGUCAUGGAAGUUUCAAACAUCGAAAAAAAGGUCAUGAAUGUUUCAAGCAUCGAAAAAAAGGUCAUGGAUGUUUCAAGCAUCGAAAAAAAGAUCACC